AUGGCCCUGUCCCUGGACAGGCCUGGGAAGCCCCAGUUCCUGGCCCUGGGAUACUUUGAUGAUGAGAUCUUCCUGCGCUAUGAUGGUGAGAGCCAGAGGGCAGAGCCCCGGGGUCUAGGUAUCAAGAUGGACCUGGGAGCUGAGACCUGGGAGACAGAGACCAAGGCUCUGAAGGAGAAGGAGCUGCAGCUCAGACAGUUGCUGACAGAGACCGUGGGCCAGCAGGGCCAGGGCCCGGCCCAGCACAUCAAGAAGCUCUGGGAGACCCAAGGCCCCAGAGCUGAUCUGGUUAAGGAUUUCCUGUGUGUGACUUGUCCGGCCCAACUCUGGAGAUACCUGGCCUCCUGGAGGGGCCUCCUGGAGAAUACAGAUCCCCCAUCAGUGACUGUGACCCGCAGUAAGAACCUGCUGGGCAAGGUCAUUCUGAGGUGCUGGGCUUUUAGCUUCUAUCCUCGGGCUGCCACCCUGACCUGGCUUCGGGAUGGGGAGCCCAUGCACGAGGGCACCUUUGGGCCUGGGGCCAGCCUGCCCAGUGGGGAUGGGACCUACCAGACCUGGGUGGACACUCGGAUCCUCCCUGGAGAGGAGCAGAGGUUCGCCUGCCACGUGGGACACUGCGGGCUGAACACCACGGUUCCUGCAGUCUCUGAAACUCAAGGUCAGAGCGCUUCCUGUGCGGCUGCUCCUGCUGCGGCUCCUCUCGCUGUGUCCACUGUCGCUGCUGUGCUGUGUUUGGUGGUGGUCGAAGCCUAGACGAGGAAGCACAUGGAGGAUGUGAGAGCCCAGGAGAGAAGCACAUGGGACAGUGAGGAGGACGGAUCUGAUUCUUCCCUUCGUGUUGAGUGGAGACAGCUCUCUUCUGUUGAUAACAAGGCAACAGGCCACAAACAGAGUCCCUUAUGCUAAGCCUCAUGUUGUCACCAAAGCAAGAUUUCACUCAGUGACAGUUUCAGCUGUCCCAGACACGGAA